CCAUUAGAAAAGAAAAAGAAGGCAGAGAGAGAGAGAGAGAGAAUGGAGAGGCAAUUGAAGGGAAAAUGGAGAUGAAGGGGUGUGGGGAGGUGAGGGCCGAAAGCUGAGCGCUUAGCUUUUAACAACCGCAGCAGGACAGGCGGCAGCGGCAGCAGCAGCGGCGGCAGGAGCGGAAGCAGUGCAGGGAGCGGCAGUGAGACAGAAGCCUGCGAGGAAAGAAACAAAGAUAGAGAGAGAAGGGGGGAGGAGAGUGAUCGAGAAGAUCUCGAUCAGAAGGAAUUUCAGAGUCCCCACAGCCAGCCCCAACAUCACCUCUCCCCCACCCAUAAUUAAACCUCACACGCCAAAAGGAUAGAGAGAAAAUUAAAAAAAAAAAAAGGGUAAAGAAAGAGAAAAGAAAACAACAAACACCCCUAACAAGAAAAACCAAAAUUCUAGCCCUACUCAUUUGUUAGCUUUAGAUUAACACAGGCAUAUAGAUAUAUAAUUAGUGAUAUAUAGAUAGAAAAAUAGAGAGAGAGAGAGAGAGAUAGGAGGAGGGAGACAGAGAUAGGGGGAGGGGGUGAGAGAGUGAGGGAGAGGGGUGGGUAUAUAAGAGGAGAGAUAAAUAUACCUCCAAUACUAGCAGGGGUGGCUUCUGGAAGGCGGUUCCCAUCCGACACCGGCGCGUUCGCGGACUGGGUGGCGUCCUCCGCCACCGGUCGAGGCGAUGAUCUCUGCCUCGGAUUCAAUGCCGGCGGGGGUGGAAGCGGAGGAGGAACCGGAGGAGGAAGCGGCGGAGGAGGAUGGGGUUCCAGCUCGUCCGCCUCCGCCCGCCAGGGCCUCAAUUAUGGCAUCGCCGACAUGGGGAUGGUCGGCCUCCGCGAUGUCCUCGUCGUCGCACCAGCGGGAUCGUUUCAUUCGCAGUACCACGAGCCCUUGCCGUCCUCCGCGGAGCACCCCAUCAUCCCCCUCCUCACCACCGCCCCCUGCCUCGUAGAUGAGGCCCACGACGGCGGACGCCCUAAGCCCGCAGGCGGGAUCCACCUCUGGCAAGCCCAGCCCCCUCCGCCGCCCCAGAACCCCAACCCUAACCCUAACCCUAACCUCUCCUACAUCAGGAAACCCGUCCCCAUGCUCGACGCCGCCGGCAUUCUCGGCGGCGCAAGCGGCGUCGGGGGAGGGGGGGUAUCCACGUGCCAGGACUGUGGCAACCAGGCCAAGAAGGACUGCAGCCACCGGCGGUGCCGGACCUGCUGCAAGUCCCGCGGCUUCGAGUGCUCCACCCACGUCAAGAGCACCUGGGUACCCGCCGCCCGCCGCCGAGAGCGCCAGAUCGCCACCACUACAGCCGCGGCGGCCGCCGGCUCCUCCGCCUCUACCUCCGCCCCCAAGAAACCUCGCCUCAUCUCCUCCCAGACCACCACUACCGCCUCCCACACCUCCACCUCCAACACCACCCCUCGUAGCUUCGACACCAGCUCCAGCCACCAAGAUGCUAGCUUCCGCGAGAGCUUGCCCGCGCACGUUCGAGCGCCGGCCGUUUUCAAGUGCGUCCGCGUGACGUCCAUCGACGACGGCAGGGACGAGUACGCGUACCAGGCCAUGGUCAAGAUCGGUGGACACGUCUUCAAGGGCUUCCUCUACGACCAAGGCGUCGACGAUGGGCGGGAGGAAGCGAGCACCAGCGAUAACGCCAUUCCAAACAUCUCGGAACUCCACCUCGGGGGUGUCGGCACUUCUGCCGCUGGUGGUAGAAAUGGCUCCUCCUCCGCUGCCAUGAUACCGUCCGACGACUACGGCGGCGGCGGAUUGCUUGGAGGUACUACCAACUAUGGUAACCCAAUAAAUUGAGCUCUCCCUUCCGCGUGUAAGCUUCUAUUUUUCUUCUUCUUAUGCUCGACUCAGCUGUAUGAAAUCAUGAAGUCAUUGCAUGGUGGUCAGCGAGGAGUGGUUUCAGCUGCUGCUGCUGCUGCUGCUGCUGUAAACUUCCGCAUAUCUACUAGACUUCUUAGCUUCUUUUUAUAUGAUUAUGAUUUUCACUAUUGUUAUUAUUAUUGUUUCUAAUAAUCACUUCUUCUCAAGUUGAUGAUGAUAGCCGGAUCCUCUCCUACUCUAAUCUCUAGCGGACUCGGAGAGGAGAGGGCGAGAGGCUCACGGACAGAUUACACUGUUUAUGAGGUGAUUGCUACUUUAUUGAGCUAUUUCUUCUUUUCCA